ACGGUCUCCUUGAUAUGGACGGGGACGAUGGCGAAAUAGAGACUACCAACGCUAACACCACCACAGACACUACUACAGCAGAUGGCAAAACACAGGAGUCACGCGCACAGGCACAUACACCAACUCCCUCUGGGAAAGGAUUGGCAAGUAAGGAUGCCAAAGAUAUGGGCGACAGUUCGGAACUGGGCGGUUCGACUGCAGGUAGUACAACUGGCGGUAGUCAUAAGAACCAGACGCUGAUGCCGAGAGAGACUGGGGAGCUGGGAGAACUGCGGCAAUCGACUAAAGACAGUCACACCCCGGCCAGUGUACAGGGAGAUGGGGGUAAUGAUGUAACCGUAGGUACGCAUAGCAUGGGUAGUAUUAAGGACAGCAAAACCGACACACACACUGCUGAGGAUACGAAAUCAACUGCAGAGACUUCGACCAGUGGACAUAGAUCAAAGUCAG